AUGGCGCACGCCGCCGCCCACAUUAAGAAGGCCAGGUCGGAGAUGGAUCCACCUGCCGACCUGAAGGCCCUGGAGAAAGCAAAGGAGAGAAGGCGGCGCUCCCGGGAGCAGGCGGAACGAAGGCGCAAGGUACUCGCUCAUCCCGUUCGGCGCGUCCUGCGCUUUCUCCACGCCGCGUCCUCUCAUCCGCCCCUCAUCGCCAACGACGGCGUCACAGUCCCUCUCCACGUUCCCUCUCGCGCCCGCUUGUCCUUGUUCUGGGCAAACACCAAGCUAACGGUCAAAGCGGUUUUGUCUGCCGUUCCGGGCCCUGCCGGCAGGCAAAUGGGCCCAGCAGCUAAAAGGGGGAUUGCUCUGGAGGCGGCUCCCCUCAACACGCUUCCAAUGCUCUCCCGACCGCGUUCCACGACGAUACGGGUCGGCUUCGUGGCCCACUGCGGUCUCUUGCAGUCUGACAGCAACACCAGCUUCCUGCGCGCGGCCAGGGCCGGUAACAUCGACAAGGUGUUGGAGUAUCUGAAAGGCGGCGUGGACAUCAACACCAGCAAUCAGAACGGACUCAACGCACUGCACCUGGCAGCCAAGGAGGGUCACGUGGCGCUUGUCGAGGAGCUGCUGGAAGGGGGAGUGGCCUUGAACUCUGCAACCAAGAAAGGAAACACGGCUCUGCACAUCUCCGCUCUGGCCGGGCAGGCCGAGGUGGUGAAGGUACUGGUCAAGCGAGGUGCUGACAUCAACGGCCAGUCUCAGAAUGGAUUCACUCCGCUCUACAUGGCGGCGCAGGAGAACCACCUGGAGGUGGUGCGGUACCUCCUGGAGAACGGAGGCAACCAGAGUGCCGCCACGGAGGACGGCUUCACUCCUCUGGCCAUCGCCCUCCAGCAAGGCCACGAGCAGGUGGUGUCUGUCUUGCUGGAGAACGACACCAAGGGCAAAGUGCGCUUGCCUGCCCUGCACAUCGCGGCCCGCAAGGACGACACCAAAUCAGCGGCCUUGCUGCUCCAGAGCGACCACAACGCCGACGUCCGCUCCAAGAUGAUGGUCAAUAGAAGCACCGAGAGCGGAUUCACGCCGCUGCACAUCGCCGCCCACUACGGCAACGUCAACGUGGCCACGCUCCUGCUCAACCGAGGGGCGGCCGUGGACUUCCUCGCCAGGAACGCCAUCACCCCCCUUCACGUGGCGUCCAAGCGCGGCAACGGCGCCAUGGUGUGCCUGCUUCUGGAUCGCGGCUCUCAGAUAGAUGCCAAAACCAGGGACGGCCUCACCCCGCUCCACUGCGCCGCCCGGAGUGGCCAUGACUCCGCCGUUGAGCUCCUCCUGGAGCGAGGAGCGCCUCUACUGGCCAGGACAAAGAACGGGCUGUCUCCCCUCCACAUGGCGGCCCAAGGCGAUCAUGUGGACUGCGUCAAACAGCUCCUGCGGCACAGUGCGCCCAUCGGCGACGUGACUUUGGACUACCUGACGGCUCUUCACGUGGCGGCCCACUGCGGCCACUUCCGGGUCACCCAGCUGCUGUUGGAGCGGCGGGCCGACCCUGAUGCCCGGGCACUGAACGGCUUCACCCCGCUGCACAUCGCUUGUAAGAAGAACCGAGUCAAAGUCAUGGAGUUGCUGGUCAAAUACGGAGCCUCGGUCCAGGCCGUCACCGAGUCCGGCUUGACGCCCGUCCACGUAGCGGCCUUCAUGGGUCACCUCAACAUCGUCCUGCUGCUGCUGCAAAACGGGGCGUCCCCGGACAGGAGCAAUAUUCGCGGCGAGACCUCCUUGCACAUGGCGGUCCGGGCCGGUCAGGUGGAGGUGGUUCGUUGUCUGCUGAGGAACGGAGCCACGGUGGACGCCAGGGCCCGGGAGGAGCAGACCCCGCUCCACAUUGCCGCCCGACUGGGCAAAAGCGAGAUCGUCCAGCUGCUGCUGCAACACAUGGCCCACCCGGACGCGGCCACGGCCAACGGCUACACGGCCCUUCACAUCGCCGCCAAGGAGGGCCAGCCGGAGAUCGCCUCGGUGCUCCUGGAGGCCGGGGCCGAGCGCUCGCUGCCCACAAAGAAAGGAUUUACUCCCCUUCACGUCGCCUCAAAGUACGGGAGCCGAGAUGUGGCCAAACUUCUGUUGCAGCGUGACGCGCUGCCCGAUUCCGUGGGGAAGAAUGGCCUGACACCCCUCCACGUUGCCACACAUUACGAUAACCAGAAGGUGGCGCUUCUGCUUCUGGACAAAGGCGCGUCCCCCCACGCCGUGGCCAAGAACGGCUACACCCCUCUCCACAUCGCGGCCAAGAAGAACCAAGUGGAGACGGCCCGCGCACUGCUGGCCCGCGGAGCCCAAAGCCACCUGCUGAGCAAACAGGGCGUCACGCCGCUCCAUUUGGCUUCGGAGGAGGGCCACGCCGACAUGGCCGCCCUGCUCCUGAAUCACGGAGCUCGGGUCAACGCCGGCACCAAGAGCGGCCUGAGCGCCCUUCAUUUGGCAGCGCAGGACGACAGGCUCGCCGCCGCCCAGAUUCUGGCCACCAAUGGCGCCGACCUGGACCAGCAGACCAAACUGGGCUACACGCCGCUCAUGGUGGCGUGCCACUAUGGAAACAGCAAGGUGGUCAACUUCCUUCUUCAAAACGGCGCCAGCGUGACCGUGGAGACCAAGAAUGGCUACGGCCCUCUUCACCAGGCGGCCCAGCAGGGCAACACGCACAUCAUCGACAUCCUCCUGCAGCACGGGGCCAAGCCCAACGCUGUCACCGCGAACGGCAACACGGCCCUCGGAAUAGCGCGGCGCCUGGGCUACAUCUCGGUUGUGGACACGCUGAAGGUGGUCACGGAGGAGAUGGUCACCACCACCACCACGACGGUGACGGAGAAACACAAGCUGAAUGUUCCGGAAACAAUGACGGAAGUACUGGAUGUGUCGGACGAAGAAGGCGACGACACCAUAACGGGCGACGGAGGGGACUAUCUCAGGGCCGAGGACCUCCGGGAGCUCGGGGACGACUCGCUCCCGGGACAGUAUCCGGAUCACGCAAACUACUUUGGCGACGAAGGAGCGCACGCCGGCAGUUGGGAAAGGUCAUUCACGCUCCAAAGCUACCAGCAGAAACUUGAAAGCGUGACGGACGAAAGGCUCACCUGUCAGACAUGGUGGCUUUCGAGGGGAAAGAUGCAAAACUCCUACCGGCUGAGUUGGGGCGCAGAGAAUCUGGACAACCUUGCUCCACAUUCUGGGCCCGGGUCUCCUUGUCACGACGGCGCGGCGGACCUCAGCAGCUUCCUGGUUAGCUUCAUGGUGGACGCCAGGGGCGGGUCCAUGCGGGGUUGCCGCUACCACGGCCUGCGCGUGCUCAUCCCGCCGGGGACGUGCGGUGCGCCCACACGUGUGACCUGCAGGCUGGUAAAACAGCAGCGCCUCGCCCAAGGCCCGGCUCUGGCCGCCAGGCGAGGCGCUGAGCUUGCGUUGUCUGGAGGCCAGCUGCUCGGGAAGCUCCACCUCCCCAGUGCCCCGCCGCCUCUUAACGAGGGCGAGAGUUUGGUGAGCAGAAUGGUGCAGCUUGGCCCGCCGGGGACCACUUUCCUGGGUCCCGUCGUGGUGGAGGUGCCCCACUUUGCCGCUCUGCGCGGUGGCGAGCGGGAGCUGGUCAUCCUGAGGAGUGAAACGGGAGAGAGCUGGAAAGAGCAUCACUGCGAGCACACCCAAGAAGAGCUCAAGCAGAUCCUCAACACGGCGGACGAUGAAGAGCCGGACUCUGGGGAGGAGGUGCAGAAGAAGCGCAUUUGCCGCAUCAUCGCCAGGGAUCUCCCGCAAUUCUUUGCGGUGGUGUCGCGGGUCAGGCAAGACGCUGCUCUGAUUGGUCCGGAAGGAGGCGUCCUGAGCAGCACGGUGGUGCCCCAAGUGCAAGCGCGUUUUCCUGAGGGGGCCUUGACCAAAAAGAUCAGGGUGGGCCUGCAGGCCCAGCCGGUGAGUUUGGACCUGGUCAGGAGGGCUCUGGGGAACAGGUCCAGCUUCAGCCCCGUGGUCACUUUGGAGCCCCGGCGCAGGAAAUUCCACAAAGCCAUCACCGUGACCAUCCCUGUGCCCAAAGGCAACACCUCGCCGCUCCCCGCCGCUUCCUCCCGCUCCGCCCCGACCUUACGGCUGCUCUGCAGCAUCACGGGCGGAACCACGCCGGCCCAGUGGGAAGACAUCACCGGCACCACUCCCUUAACGUUUACCAGCGAUCGCGUGUCCUUCACCACAAACGUUUCCGCCAGGUUUUGGCUCAUAGACUGCCGGCAAGUCCACGAGUCGGUCAACUUCUCCUCUCGCGUGUACCGGGAGCUGAUCUGCGUGCCGUACAUGGCCAAGUUUGUCAUCUUGGCCAAAAGCCACCACGAGCCCAGCGAGGGCCACCUGCGCUGCCUCUGCGUGACCGACGACAAACUGGACAAAACGCCGGAGCGGCGAGACGACUUCGCCGAGGUGGCCCGCAGUCGAGAUGUGGAGGUUCUGGAGGGAAGGCCCAUCUAUGCGGACUGUUGUGGAAACUUUGUCCCCCUGGCCAAAAGUGGACAGCAUCAUCUCUUCAGCUUUUUUGCCUUCAAGGAGAACCGGCUGGCGCUUUCCAUCAAAAUCCGAGACGACGCCCGAGAGCCGUGCGGCCGCUUGUGCUUUCUCAAGGAGCCCCCCCGGAGUUAUGGCGCCGCGCUGGGCCAUGACGCCGUGUGCAACCUCAACGUGGCCUUGCCGUCUUUCCGCAAGGAGUCUGAUUCUGAUCCAGAAGAAGAGAUGGACAACACGAGGCGAGAGCAACGCGAAGAGACAGCAGCGGCGCUUUCCAAAGCGGAGCUGACGCGGGAAGCGGACCUCCUGUCAGACGUGUCGGAGAUGAAAGGAGAUUUGAUGAAAAUGACGGCCAUUUUGACCGCCCGUCCCUCGGAGAAACGGCGCCUCGCCUUGGGAGCCCGCACCUCUCAGAAAGGCCUGCCUGAUCUUUCCAGGGUACCUUUAGAAAUCAUGGAGAAGGACCUGGAGAAAGUCAAAGAAGACCUGGAGAAAGUCAGUCAAAUACUAAGGAGCGGGACGUGCCGCCAGGCAAGUAGGGAGCCUGAGCUCCUCCUCCUCUCUGACGCGGCGAUAGGGGAGGCUGCCGAGAGGCCGGCUCACGGGGGCGCCGAUGCAUCCGCAGAAGACACCGGCGAGUCACGCCUGGCCGCAUCGAGAGCAAAAGACGGACGAGGAGCUGACCGCUUGCCCGUUGGCUCGGUCAAAGACAAAGUUAAAUCCUUACAGCAGAGAGCGGGAGCAGUGGGGCAAAGCGGCAACGGUGGCCAGCCCUCGCCGCCGUUGCGUGGCACCGCCAAAACGCCUCCGGCGCUCAAAGACGGCCACCCGCGCACCGCCGCACCCCCGGCCGGGUCGGGAAAACACCGGGACAGCCUCUCAGUCAAAGAGUUGAUGCGAGCCUUUCAAAAAGAGCCUUCGCCAACACCGUCGGACUUGUACGGAAGACCGCCGACGAGCCCGUGGACGACGUCCGUCCCCCUCGAUUCUGAGACGGCUCCGCUCGACGAGGUGGAUAGAAAGAAGAGCGCCGCAGAAGGUGACGGUGAAAACCGAGGUGCCCCCGCAAACUGGGUGACGAGUGGCAGUUCUGAUGACACAAGUCUGCGCCUUGACCAACAAAGGCAGCCGCCCGGCGCGGUGCGCGAAAAGCCGAGUACGCGCCACGGAGAAGAGCGCGCGAGUCCAACAAUUGAGCCGCCGCCGUCCAGCCACAUGACCGCGUCUCCGCCUUUCGGCGAGGCCGACGCGAGGAGCGGGCCCAACUCUUUGAAAUCUGGCGCCACACCCGAGGACCUUUCAGAGAGCGCUCGGCAGCUCGGCGGCGGCGGUGGCCAUUUGCAGUUAGGGUUGCCUUCAGCCCGCUUGCAAACGUCUAUUGACGAGCAGCGCGCCAGCUUGCGCUUGCCCACCACGCAAGAUUGCCGUCCUCUCAGUCCGUCAUCGGCUGACGGCGACUCUUUGACAAUAAGCCACAGAGACUCGCUGGAGGGCAGUCCUGUUUUGGACCGGAACUCCUCCUCCCUUCAGUCCCCAGAUUCCAUCGAAGCCAGCACUUGCGAGGAGGAGGAGGAGGAAUGGCCUCCUCGCGACUCCUUAGAGAGCAGCCCCGUUGAGCGGCCGGCGUUGCCGCUCACGGGGGACCAUCCCGCCGGUCAAUCCGAACCCUCCCACCGAGCAUUUGGGCAUUUCCCGCAGCCGCAGGCCCACGCCGACCGGGACCGGGUUCACACAAGUUCCGCCGCUGCGCACCACCGGUCGCAGGCAAAGGAUGUCCGCCAAACAACGGCUCCAAUCGGUCCGGAGGAAGCCCACACAAACUCCUCAAAAGUCCAAAAGCCCGCCGCCGUGCCGCCGCCGCCGCCUGUGGCUGCCGCCACGGACGACGGACCUUCCGCAAGGUUGAAUGCGGAAAAUAGAAGCCAUGAGCAAAAGGUGGUCAAGUCGGGAGAAACUGCCCCGUUUCCACCUAACGUAACCGACCGAGCCGAAGCGGCGCCAGAGGUUCCGACGAGUCAAACGAGCAAACCCCCCGAGUUCUGUAUCUACGACCACGCGGAAGAGGAGGAACUUGACUGUCCCAGAACCGAGUCCAAAGGCGUCACUGCCAAGACGGAAUGCUGUGCUUUUGGCAAAGUGGAGGAAGUGGAGAUACUCGAUCUGGCGGUACCGCCGGCGGCAGCGGGCUCCCCGUCUCUGGCGGCAGCGGGCUCCCCGUCUCUGGCGACAGCGGGCUCCUCGUCUCGGCCAGGGACAGCCGACACCACACCGGAGGAGAAAACGCCAACCGAGGGCAGCACGCCGACGAGUGAACCCAACCCGUUUCUCUUCCAGGAAGGGAAACUUUUUGAAAUGACCCGAAGCGGCGCUAUCGACAUGACCAAGAGGAGCUGCCAGGAGGACGGGGGCGCUUUUGCUUUUUUCCAAAUUGCCCAACAUGCCCUCGAGGGACCCGUAUCGGGGAACGGCGGGCGAGAAGGCGAGGCGCCGGCCGGCUGGCGUGACGUCGGCCUCAACCUAACAGUAGAGCUCAAGACCGAGGAGCGCUCCGAACAAAGUCCCGAUUGGCAGCUUCCGUCGAUAACUGAGCUCGAUCACACGUCUGCCAAAUUGAAAAUCCCCAAAAUGGGCCUUUCCACUUGUUGGGCCAAAGAUCACCGUGACCCGGAAAGCCUCGAGGCUCCGGCACAUCACGGGGACUCCUCCUGUUUGGAUCUGGGCUCUACUGGUCAUGCGACCGUCAAUGCAGAGACGGCAGAAUCCGCUCUUACCAGGUCGGAGCGAGGAACAGAGUCAUCCCACUCUUCUCGGCAAGACUCAAAGUCAGCCGCAGAGCCCCCCGAUUCGUGUGGAGUCCCUCUGAAAAGCCCGACCGAGCCAGCCCGGCGAGUUCAAAAGCAAACGCCGGGAGGCAAAUCGCGCAUCCCCAUCAAGUCAAAGUCUCCUGAGGCAGAUUCUUUGCUCAGAUCUGCUCAAGACAAAAGGAGCAGAGGGCCAACAAACGGAACUGCUGCGCCGUCCCAAGGGACUUUGGUCAAGGCUAAGACAUCCGCCGGCACUGCCUGGACCAGGCCCGAGUCGAAAGCAAAAGCCUUCCGCUCGAGACUACCCGUCAAAGGGAAAGGCGGCCCGUCUCGCAAAGACGCCGGCGAGGCGCGUCGGCAUUCUGAGCCAUCUUUGGUGGAGGUUGCCGAGCGGCCCGAGGAAGACCGUCGCCGCCGCCGCCGGGACCAAAGCGCCACGGAAAGGCACGCCUCGGGCAUCGGGAGACGCCGGCGCAGCUGUGCUGGCGAGACGCAAGCGCGACCAAGCCCCGGCGCUGGACCUCAAAGUCCAGACGGCGCAUUUGUGGAGAAAGAGAGCGAGAGCCACCGCACGGACACGGUGGACACGACGGAGAGCGGAGCCGGCGCCUCGGCGGCAUCACCGGAGCCCAAAGGGCACAAUGAGAUGGAGGCCACACGUGGCGGGCCGGCCGAAUCGACGCGCUCGGAACAGUCGGCGGCGGCGGCGGCGGCGGCGGGCGCUCUUACGCCGAGGCUUCCCCGACCGACGACCCACGCUGGAGUGCCCCAUCAGAAGCCAGGCGCGUAAAGUCCAGCAGUCGAGCGAUGGCCAUGCAAAAAGCAACUUCCGCCGCCGCCGCCGACGACCGGGUGGACGAUGGAGCUGAGCAGCUGCCUAACCUUUUCUUUUCUUGUCUUUUCUUUGCCGUCUUCAUUCCGAUUGAUGGACUCUUCUUUCUCACCAUUGGCGGCAUUUUCACGCUUCCUUUCUUUUCGGGGGGUGGGGAGGAUGUAUCUAUCUAUCUAUCUAUCUAUCUAUCUAUCUAUCUAUCUAUCUAUCUAUCUAUCUAUCUAUCUAUCUAUCUAUCUAUCUAUCUAUCUAUCUAUCUAUCUAUCUAUCUAUCUAUCUAUCUAUCUAUCUAUCUAUCUAUCUAUCUAUCUAUCUAUCUAUCUACCGUUUUUUCCAUGUAUAAUGCGCAAAAUUUAACUAAUUUAUUGUCCUAAAAUCUGGGGUGGGCAUUAUACAUGGGUACAAAAAAAUAUAUAUAUAUUUUUUUUAUUUAUUUAUUUAUUUAUUUAUUUAUUUAUUUAUUUAUUUAUUUAUUUAUUUAUUUAUUUAUUUAUUUAUUUAUUUAUUUAUGUAUUUAUUUAUUUAUUUAUCCGGAUAUGAUACGGAGGCUGCCAUUACGGAUGCGCUUUCUUCUCUGCUGUUCACUUCAAACACGCUCCAUACGAAUACAAUGCUCUCGUAUCAGACGCUUGCUCGAUCACCUGCUCGUUUGCUGUCACAAUGUACCCUCCACAAAUCCGAAACAUUUCUUCGCUAUCGAGUUUGCUAGCGCAUGCGCAGUGAUACUGAUCAGCAGAAUAACAUCCGGUUGUUCCCAAAGAUGCUCUUUUUUCUGAAAUAAUUUUACGUUUACGGACUUAAGUAGGACUCAAAAUUUGGGUGCGUAUUAUACAUGGGUACAGGCUUUUUUCCAGCAUCAACAUGCCAUUUUUAGGGUGCGUAUUAUACAUGGGGGCGCAUUAUACAUGGAAAAAAACGGUAUCUAUCCAUCUAUCUAUCUAUCUAUCUAUCCAUCCAUCCAUCCUUCCGUGGCCAAAGAGCGCACCCCCGUUGUCCCGAUGUGGCCGACGGACGGACAGACGAACGGUUCAGGAGAUGCACCUUUAUUCAUUUCCAGCUACUGUGUAUGGCGACUACUCCGUGUGAGAAUGAGCGAGAGUGUAUGACAGAGAAUUUGUUGAGGUGUGUAUGUGUGUGUGUGCCGAGCAGCCUGCCCAAUGUCUUUGACGAUUGUGUUUGCAAAUAAAUUCCCAACUAGGUUGUG